CAAAUUUAACAAACUUGGAGGUUCUUAUCUUGCAAGGUAAUCAUUUUGGUGGACGACUAGCAAUCCAAGAAUUUUGUACAUUGAAGAAGCUUGAAGUGUUAGAUCUAUCUGACAAUUACUUUGAGGGGAUCCUAUCUCCAUGCCUAAACAAUAUGACAUCUCUUGUGGUGUUAGAUAUUUCCGGUAACCAAUUCAAUGGAAAUGCUUCAUCAUCAUAUGUAGAAGCCAGCGGAAUAAGUCUUGAGUACAUUGAUUUUAGUUAUAACCAGUUUGUGGGCAUAUUCUCAUUCAACUUAUUUGCCAAUUACUCUAAGCUUGAGGUUCUUAGAUUCAAGGGCCAAAAUAAUAAAGUUGAAAUAAAAACUGAAGGUUCCAUGGGUUGGUCCCCUUUGUUUCAGCUGAAGAUCAUUGAAUUGUCCAAUUGUAAUCUGAACAAGCUCAUCGACAAUAUUCCGAAAUUUCUUCUUGUCCAGCAUGAAUUGGAUACAGUUGAUCUUUCUCACAGUAAGUUGAACGGAAGCUUUCCGAAUUGGUUGGUUGAAAACAAUAGAAAAUUACGCGUGCUACAUCUUCAAAAUAAUUCUUUUACUGGUCAGUUAUAUUUACCAUCAUUGAUCCACACGCAUAUUACCCUGAUGGAUGUCUCGACCAAUCACUUGGAAGGAAAACUUCAAGAAAACAUUGGCAUGACUUUUCCAAAUUUAGUAUAUCUAAAUCUUUCCAAUAAUAAUCUUGAAGGUAAUCUUCUUUCCUCAAUUAGUGGAAUGUUUCAUUUGAAGGUAUUAGAUUUGUCUUUCAAUCAUUUCUCAGGCGGGGUCCCAAGAGGAUUAAAUACAGGUUGCUUGCCAUUGAGAAUUUUGAAGCUUGCUCACAAUAGCUUCAACGGUGCAAUUUUCAUUGGGACAAACCAAGAUGUUCAGCAGAUGAAUGUUCAGCAGAUGAAUGAUAAUCAAUUCACAAGGAAAACACCAACUAAACAACAUAAACGUAAGUACUGCUACUAG